AUUGCCUUUUCAUCAAACUUGAUUCAUGCACUACGCGACACUGCUGAGCUGCUCGCAUGCACCCCCUUUGACGACUACACGUUUGUGCUGAGAGGCGAUGGAUGGGUGUUAGGACCAAAUAAUCAGCUCUUAUUCUGGGUACCACCCGCUUCUCGAGAACCAUUUUAUAAUCCUCGGACUGCACUAGUGAUACCCAGGGGCGGUGUUGAGCUUGAUUUGAGCCGCAUGGCACAUGGUACGCACUGGCAGCACUGC